GGCUACGAGGUUAGAAGUGACGGGAAAAACGAACAGUCGAAUGCUCGCGUGCCGGCAGAAACAAGGCGCUAUCGGCACGUCAGCCGACGUGUGAAGUCUCUUGACUGCUGCCCUGGCGGGAGAGGCCGAUGGAGCUGGCGGGCGGGGAAAUGAAUGAAUGGACGGCCGGCCAGCAGAAAGAGUGGCGGCUCGCAGCGGCAAGACGGGCUCUCUGGAAGUCCGGUGGUAGUGGUGCUGGUGAUGAAAGGGUUUGCGGGUAAGAUGGUCAAAAUGCUCGCUCAGCACACACGAGCGGCCAGGGACCACCGACAAAGACGGGCGGCAGCGCGCGGCGGAGCGAGGGCCAAAACGGCUUUGGGGGCAGAGGAGCGGAGGGAUGCGAUGGUCCUGCAGCCUUAUGGAGGUAUGGUGUUUCCAUCCACAACAAGCAGCAAUUGAGCAAGCCUUAGGCUCUUCCCCGGUCGAGAUGGCUAGCACAUUGUUCGCUAGCCCCUUUGGG